UAUACAUAGAUCCGUAGUACCUCCUCCUUCCUGCUCUCAUCCAUUUGGAGCAGCCCGUGCGUGUAGUCGGUGGCACUUAAUCACAGCGCGCACCAAGGCAGGAGGCGGGCCGUCGGGCGUGAACGAAAUAGUAACGGUGAGGCGAAGAGGCAGCAGUGUGUGUGUGAGACCACGCAGGCAGAGGAGCUAUCCGGACGACGCCUCCAGCUUUGGUUUUAUCCCUUGGUCUUUUUUUUCAUCCUCCACUGCGCUGGAUCCGGUGCCGCCGCCGCAGCUCCCUCUCCGUCCCGACCUUCCCAGUUUCGGUCGUAUACACCGCGCGUCCGACUCGUUCGCCGCCAGGGCUUCGUUGGGAGAUGUCCAAAAAAAGACCAGCCGAGCCGGAGUCCCGGGUGAAACAGCCAGCCGCUCUGGGCAACAUGACCCGCCGCCUCCCCUGUUCCUUGCUGGAGUCUGUAGAAUGAAGACGUCUUUAAAAAAAAUAAAAUAAAAGUCUAAGGGAAGCAGCGCGCAAAGAUGUCGGUGCCUUUGCUGAAGAUCGGCGUCGUGCUCAGCACCAUGGCGAUGAUCACCAACUGGAUGUCGCAGACCCUCCCCUCUCUGGUGGGGCUCAACACCACCAAGCUCACGGCGGCGCAGGGUGGAUAUCCAGACCGGAGCACAGGAGUGUUGCCAGCAAACCCGGAGGAAUCGUGGCAGGUGUACAGUUCAGCCCAGGAUAGCGAGGGGAGGUGUGUCUGCACGGUGGUGGCGCCACAGCAGUCCAUGUGCUCACGGGAUGCCCGCACCAAACAACUGAGGCAGCUGUUAGAGAAGGUCCAGAACAUGACCCAGUCCAUCCAAGUGCUGGACCAGCGGACCCAGAGGGACCUGCAGUACGUGGAGAAGAUGGAGGUCCAGCUCCGAGGUCUGGAGACCAAGUUCAGGCAGGUGGAGGAGAACCACAAGCAGAACAUCGCCAAGCAAUAUAAGGCCAUAAAAGCGAAAAUGGAGGAGCUUAGACCGUUGAUACCAGUGUUGGAGGAGUACAAGGCCGAUGCCAAAUUGGUAUUGCAGUUUAAGGAGGAGGUCCAGAAUCUGACGUCAGUUCUAAACGAACUUCAGGAGGAGAUGGGGGCCUAUGACUACGAGGAGCUCCACAACAGAGUGUCAAAUCUUGAGGAGAGACUCCGAGCAUGCAUGCAAAAAUUAGCAUGCGGCAAACUUACGGGCAUCAGUGAUCCCAUCACCAUCAAGACGUCUGGAUCCAGGUUCGGAUCCUGGAUGACCGACCCUCUGGCACCUGAAGGAGACACUCGGGUCUGGUACAUGGAUGGUUACCACAACAACCGCUUUGUGCGGGAGUACAAGUCCAUGCAGGACUUCAUGAUGUCGGACAACUUCACCUCCCACCGGCUGCCCCAUCCGUGGUCAGGCACAGGUCAGGUGGUCUACAACGGCUCCAUCUACUUCAACAAGUUCCAGAGCCACGUCAUCAUCAAGUUCGACUUCCGCACCUCCUCCAUCAGCAAGUCCCGGCAGCUCGACUAUGCCGGCUUCAAUAACGCGUAUCACUACGCCUGGGGGGGACACUCUGACAUUGACCUCAUGGUGGACGAGGGAGGGCUGUGGGCCGUCUACGCCACCAACCAGAAUGCCGGCAACAUCGUCCUCAGCAAGCUGAACCCCGGCACGCUGCAGAUCAUCAAGAGCUGGACCACCAACCACCCGAAAAGGAGCGCCGGUGAGUCUUUUAUGAUCUGCGGCACGCUCUACGUCACCAACGGCUACUCAGGAGGCACCAAGGUCUAUUACGCCUACUCCACCAACUCCUCUACCUACGAGUACAUUGACAUUGCCUUCCAGAAUAAGUACUCGCAUAUCUCCAUGCUGGACUACAACCCACGUGACCGGGCCCUCUAUGCUUGGAACAAUGGCCACCAGGUCCUUUACAACGUCACGCUGUUCCACGUCAUCCGCUCGGAGGAACUGUAACCGCGGAAAAAUGGAUUACAACCGUCAAUACAUAUUGUCUGAGUAGAGAUCUCCCUAUAUACAAAAAUAUAUCUGCGAAAGAAAAAGACUCAAUGGCGAGACCAUUCUAUUUAUAAUUAAAUAACGUUUACUGAGAGACUGAAUCAACAGUGAAUGCAACCUGGAUUGAAUGUGCAUAUACAUGACACUGAAAAAAUAUCUCAAAUUCAAGGGUUUCAUUCCGAAAUGUGAUAUAUAUUAAAAAAGCUUUAUUAGUUAAUAUCACAGAGUCAUAGAUGACAAAACUGUAAAUAAAAGACAAAAAAACUAAAGUUACCACUAGUAGACUUUAUUUUAAUAGCUAGCUGCGAUUAUUUGGUUAGAGGUGUUUUAUUUUGGAAUGAAACUCUUUAAUUGUAUGCCACAUAGAACAUGAUUGUAAAAGUAGACUAUAUAUCAGACGUAAGAGAAUAAGAACAGAUGCCAAAAAAAAAGAAUUAACAUCAUGCCUUUUUUUUUAUAUAACGGAAUAUCAACCGAGGCGCGCUCCUGGGCUCCGGGUCCUUCUGCAGAAACCCUCCCGGCUGAACUUGUGGGCUGAGCUGGGGGUCCGUAGACAGAGACUGAUGGUAAUAAAACUUUAGGAUCCCCAGGGUCCCGUGCACGGGCGAGACAGAGGUGGUUCUAGUCAGGAGACUCCAUAGCCUAACGGGCGCAGUCUGUCAUAUCGUUUUUUAAUCGAGUACAGUAGCAAAUUAGAAAAAGAGGAGAGAAACAACAAUAACAAGAUUCUCUAAAAGACCUGAAGGCACUGACUGUUGACAGCGCUGUUCUUUAAGAUGAUUUUCCUGUGUUAGUGACUGUGUGUGAAAAAGGCUUUCUUUGCAUGAGUGUUUUCUAUCACUCCGGUAUGCUCUACUGAAUGUCUUUUGUUGUGUGAUACUAUAAAAAAAAAAAAAAAAGGAGAAUUGUGGGGUGGGAAACUGGGGGAGGGUACAAUACCUUUGGGAUUGGUUCUGGUUAAAACUUAGUUCCUGUUUAUCUAUUUCUUUGCAAUCAACCCCUUCUCGUAUCACUGUAAAUGUUAGCAUCGAGCUUUGCCUCUCUGUAUUUGUUUAUCUGGACUGCGUGGGAGGAAUUGACACAACUCGCAUCUCUCCGAAGAAGAGGAAAAAAAAAAAAAAAAAACACAGAAUGUAAUAAUAAGCAUUGUAUCCAGGGAACCUGGUCGUCCCAUCUUCAAAUCACAACAUGCGCCUGUAGUAGGGAGAGGUUUUAUAUUUAAUUUUUUUAUUGUACGAGGAUUAUCCUGUCCAAUGUCAUGUGCCCCCCACCCCCCACCCCACUGCUACUGAAGGAUAAUGCUGUUUAAAUGUAUACCCUCGCUGAGGACAAAAGCUUUCCACUCUUUUUGCGCUUUGAUGGACAUGUGUUGUAUCUGAGAUAAGAUAGUUAAUGAUUCGUGUCAAUAAAACAGAGAAAUCUGACACAGGGAUUGUUGCCUUUUAAAAAGCUUUAGGAAAAAAGUUGCCAUGUGGCAGCGCACUUAAUGAUCUGCAUAUGAACAGACAUGAACUGUUACAUCAGAAUUAAUGCUCUUAUUCUGACUUUUGUGCUGCAUUUAUUGAGAUCACUCUAGUCUUUGGUUUAGUCGUCGGGAUGAAACAACUGCAGAUACUUAUCUUCUCAUCUUUAAACUUGUGCAGAGGCAAACCAGAGCCGUUUCUGUCUAUAACUGAGGUCCCCCCCCCCCGAAACUCGUAUGAGGUCACCAUGACCUUUGACUGCUGCAAGUGGAGUCCAAGUGACAAUUGGUCAAAACUUGAAAUUCAUAUCGGCAGACUUGAGAUAUCAUGUUAAAUAGGCCAAAACCAUAUUUUGGCCAACUUGUGCUCGAUUUUUUUACUUUGACCACCAAAAUGGAAUCAGUUUAUCAGAGUCUAACAGAACAUUUGUGCCAAAGUUGAAAGUGUCCUCGUCGUUUUUCAGGAAAUGCGUUCACAACCUCAGCGUGAAGAUGAAGCUUUAACAAACGAUAUCCAGCAGACCAGAAUGAAACAUUUGCUCCUCAGCAAAGAUGAAUAGACACAGUAACUCAGUCUUUUCAAAGUCUGGACACUUCUAAUGUGGUUAAGUUAAAGGUUACACU